CUCGUAAUUUUGAACAGACGGAGAGCAGCCAGCAGCCAGCUAGGCAGAGCUGAGGGUCAUCAUCAACGCAUCUGUGAUCUACCAAGUUAUGGAUAUUUCUGUGCUCUUGUCAAUGAAUUGAAUACGGCUGCGCUUUCUUCACUUCUGCUUCCUGUUUUUGGGGAAAUAUGAGCUCUCAUGUUAUCACUCCUGGACCGUACCGAGCCACUAAACUGUGGAAUGAGGUGACUCGUCUGUUUCGGGCUGGUAUGCCCCUCAGAAAACACCGUCAGAACUUCAGACACCAUGCCUCCUGCUUCACCGCCUCUGCCGCUGUAGACUGGCUGCACCAGCUGCUCCGUAACAACAGCAACUUUGGGCCCGAUGUCACCAGGCAGCAGACGGUGCAGCUCCUGAAGAAGUUCCUGAAGAAUCAUGUGAUCGAAGAUGUGAAGGGUCGCUGGGGCACGGAGGAUCUGGAGGACAACAACACGCUGUACAGAUUCCCCACCACUUCUCCUCUAAAGCCCAUUCCCCGUGCAGCUCCGUCCUCAACCCUCGGCUCGAUUAAGAAACGGCCUUCAUUCAGGGACAAGGACGUUUUCUUCAAGUUUAGGAGUGCCAGGAAGCAUGACAAGGAGACACAGGAAAAUGUAGAUCCAGCUCUUCAAACAGAAGGAGAGAAUCAGCCAAUGGGAGAGAAGCAGACUCAGAGACGAGAGCUGACAGUGGAGGAUGAACAGGAGAUAUGGAGAGACACCACCAUAACCCACCUGCAGAGGAUUCUGGGUGUUGCUUCCCUUGAUGAAGUUUUAGACCAUCGUUAUGUCAACCCACAGAACAUCAUCCACAAUAUGACCAAAGUGAACAAGCAUGGAGUAGUGACACUGGACGACAAAACAAAUAACCUUCCACACUGGGUUUUGUCUGCAAUGAAGAGUCUGGCCAACUGGCCAAAGUACGACAGAGCUCAGUCGUCCUAUCCCGGCUUUGAGAGAGAUGUCUUCAAAACGGUGUCGGAUUACUUCUACAGCCUCCCGCAGCCGUUACUCACAUACGAACUGUAUGAACUGUUUAUCAACGUCCUGGUGUUUUGUGGGUACGUCGCAGCGCCUUCCACGCACCAACGCGGGAAACGCAAGAAGCAUGACUUCCCCUCAGCCCCGCCUCCAGCCAAAGCAUCUUUCCGCUCCACAGAGUGUCUCCUCCUCUCGCUGCUCAGACAGGGCACAUGCGACGAGACAGAGUCGCCCAUGGGGGACGUACUAGGUGGGAAGUUUGAGUCCAGGCUGGCGGCGCUGAGAGGAGGUGGGGGUGAUGGUCAGUUGGGAGGCAGCUGCAUCAGCUUGAGUACAGUUGUCUCUAUGAAGCCUCAAUCCAGGAGCUGUUCCUUGGAAACUAUCCUAGAUGACUCCGCUCCUCUCACCCGCCAACAGCUAUUCCUCUCCAAUGACAGCCUGGCAUCCUGCGCCCGAAGUAGCAGGAGCAACGAUGAAAGCCCUGAAAUCCCAACCCCACGCUCUCACUCUGACUUCCCAUUUGUGUCCAAAGCAACCCCAGUUGCUCGUGAAACCGCUCCAGGAGUUAAGACUAGAAAUAGACUGUCUGUAGCUUCUUUCAGAGGGUUGUCGGUCACACAGAGGUCGCGUGCUUUACGGCCUCACAGCGUGGGCAGCUGUUUGGACAUUGUCGUAGAAACAAGGGAAGAAGAUGUCAAGGAGACCAGCAAGUUGCAAGACCGAGCAAUCAGCUGCCUCAACGUGAACACUCCCGCACACCAGCAUCACUCCUCCUUAUCGUCACGCCCUCUAUUGCUAUCCUCCUAUCACGCUCCAUCUUUCUCCUAUCAUGCUUUCCCCUCCUUCUCUUCCUCUGCUACGGCCAAAGCACAAGGGUCUCACCCUACCGCAGCAGCAAGCGGUCCCAGACUCGCCGCCAGCACCUCUAAUCUUAGGACGCUCUCUGCACCCGCUGUUGUCCGACGCUGCCUCAGCUCUCUGGAUGUGUCGAAGCAGUCUCGACCUGUCUCACUGCUCAAACCGCCUGUCUGUGUGCCCGCCAGCAGCUCUCAGCCCCCUCAAACCAAACCUGAGCAAAGCCUCCUCCAGCCUCAGUGUGAACGUGUUGCCAUCGAGGCCCUGCAGCUCUGCACACUCCUCCUGCCUCCCACGUCCCGCAGGAAGUUGCAGCUCCUCAUGAGGAUGAUGUCACGCAUCAGCCAGAAUGUUGACAUGCCCCGGCUCCACCCGGCCAUCGGCACCCGAACGCUGAUGGUUCACACGUUUUCAGGCUGUGUCCUGGGCAGUGCUGUGGAGUGUGACUUGGAUGAGCUGUUGGCAACCAGACUGGUUUCCUUCCUGAUGGACCAUCAACAGAGCAUUCUAUCAGUCCCAGAGUAUCUGCUCAGUGCCAUCAAUGACCAUGUGCAGUACCUGCGAACAGUACAGGUUCCAGUUGAUGGUGUUACCAACGCAGACCACAGCGAGCCAGUUCUUGCUCCAAUGCCCAUGUACGCGUUCUGUCAUCAGAUCAGCGGCGCCGAGUUUGAACAACAGAAGCUGGAGUCUUCUCAGAAAGCCAUGGAGGAGCUGCUGGAGAUCCUGCUGACGGACAAAAGCAUGAGCGAGAAGGACAGACGCAAGAAACUCAAGCAGUUUCAGAAGCAGUACCCAGACAUCUACAGCCGUCGGUGUCCCUCCUCAGACAGGGAGAACAACAAACCAAAGAUUAAACCUCCCCUCCUCAACAUCAAGAAAACCAAAGCUUUCAGCAUCAGGAACUAAACUAACUGUACAUGUGACACCAUUACAGAAGACCACGGCACAUUAUUUUCAUUUUUGCUGCACUAUUACUGCACUGGUACUGAUAUCCACCUUUCACUGCAGCCAUUAUCUUUUCAUGUUACAUUGGGAGUCUGUUAUUCUGGUUUUAGUUUCAUGUAUGUGCUCCAGAGAAUUCUGACUGGAAGACUAACACAGCGGUUCAAGCAUUUGUUGAUGCGUGUUUGUGUGAGUUGAAAGCUGAGUAUGAUGAAGGCAGCACCAUGUUUAAUACAACAUGUUUUUAUGAAGCAGGGUUUUAUUUUUGUUUGUUUGUAAAUUGUUGGAUAUUAUUAGAGAAGUUGUUCAGUUUUUUCUUAACCAGUUUGUGUCUGUGUCGGCUCUGAUUCUGACCUGUGUGUGUGUGUUUGUCUGUGUGUGUGUGUGUGUGUUUGUGUGUCGGAUUUCAGUGUGCAUGUUGGGAGAAAAAACGUAAUUCGGAGAUCACUGGUUCAAAUGGGAUGAUUUGAUGAUUAGGCUUAGAUUGUCUUUAUUUAUAUGUGUGAUGACAUUGGGAGCUGUGCCUGAUAUGUGUUUGUUUUAGUGUUUUAUUUUCAUAUUUUUACAGACUUUGAUAAACUCAUAAUGUUGUCUCUGAAAUUGUAUUUGAAAUCCUCUCUGAGCCUUUUUUUACAUCUCAAACUCUUGAUUUCUCUUUUUCUGCUUUGGAUUUUUCUUCUUUCUCUUCCAUCUAUUGUGUGUUGAUUUCUUUUUUUACUAUUAUAUUUGGCUUUUGCCCUCUUUUUUUAUUAUUUCCUGUUUAUAAUGUCAUUAUUGACACAUCCCUGCUUAGUGCAUUGGUUAGAGUGAUAUUUUGCACUGGAUUUAGGCAUUUUCAAAGGCAAACUAGCUCAUGCCAAUCACCAGAAAGGUUAAUUUAUCCAUAUUUAAUUCUCCCUUUAGAAGGUUAAAUGAGACACCUGUCAUGUUUAGCUUAGCUAAAAAUCUCCUGCUUUGCUUUUCUAUUUAUCUUAUAUGAAGUAUUAGUUCUAUCCUGAUGUUUGUCUAUACCUCAGAUCAGAUGUUUGGUGUGUGUGUUUUUGUAACCAAAUGUGCACUCAUUUGUGGUGUUAUUGACAAAGAGUUUUACAAAUGAAGUGUACAUUUUACACCCACACUCUUCCUCCAAAUUGUUUACUAUGCAAACCCUGGGAAUAAACCUAUUAAGCUGUUCUAUUUAAAUAA